AUGGCAGCAAAACAGCCUCCGACCCCCGCAAAGUCAAACAUAACAAUAAUCCACCCAGACCUCGGCAUUGGCGGCGCCGAACGCCUUAUAAUCGACGUCGCCCUCGCCCUGCAGAACACCGGCCACAAAGUCACAAUCUACACCUCACACUGCGACAAGUCACACUGCUUCGAGGAGGCGCGGGACGGAACGCUCGAUGUCCGUGUGCGUGGGGAUAAAUACCUCCCAGCCAAUGUAGGCGGGCGGUUUGUCGUCCUCUUUGCGAUUCUCCGCCAGGUCUGGUUGACGGUGGAGCUUUUGGGGGAACUGGCGGCUGCGCGGACAGAUAAGGAAACGGAUGAGGUGUUUAUCGUCGACCAGGUCCCCGCCUGUGUACCAUUACUCAAGACAUUCGGCCCGAGUCGAUGUUCGGCGAGACAGCGGAUUCUGUUCUACUGUCAUUUUCCGGAUCAGUUGCUGGCGCGGCGGGAUGAGGGGGGUUCGUUGCUGCUGAGUGCGUUGAAGAGCGUGUACCGGUAUCCGUUUGACUGGUUUGAGGGGUGGGCGGUGGGGGCGGCGGACCGGGUUGUUGCGAACUCGAAGUUUACGAGGGGUGUUGUGGCGGGGGUGUUUGGGGGCAAUAGGUUAGGGGAUGUACGGGUUGUUUAUCCUUGUGUUGAUACGGAGAGUGCGGAGGUCAUUGAGCGGAGUGAGGGGGAGGGGGAGCAGGCGUUAUGGGGUGGGAAGAAGAUACUGCUUAGUGUGAAUCGGUUUGAGAGGAAGAAGGAUCUUGCGCUCGCGAUUCGUGCGUACCAUGGGCUUGGGGAGGAGAAGAGGCGGGGGACGAGGUUGGUUGUUGCUGGCGGCUACGACCCUCGAAUCGUCGAGAACGUCCAAUAUCACAAAGAAUUAGAUACGCUUGCGACUUCGCUCGGCCUUCAGACGGCGACUUCUAAAACCGUCCCUUCCGCUCUAUCAAUCCCGGACUCGGUCGACGUGCUCUUCCUCCCCUCCACCCCGUCCGCAUUCCGCGACACCCUCAUCUCCCAAUCCUCCCUCCUCCUCUACACUCCAAUAAACGAACACUUUGGGAUUGUCCCGAUCGAAGCAAUGCGUGCGGGGAUCCCCGUCCUCGCAUCCAACACCGGUGGUCCGCUGGAAACAAUCCUUGAAGGCGAAACGGGCUGGCUCCGCGACGCCACGGAUGUCCCGGCAUGGACCGCGGUGAUGGACAAGGUGCUCUACCAGAUGAGCGAAAGCGAGCUAGAGCAGAUAUCGGCGAAAGCGAAGGAUCGAGUGGAAGCGGAGUUCUCGUUACGGGCUAUGGGAGAGAAACUUGAAGUAGAGAUUGGAGAGAUGCUGGGCUCUUCAAGGCGGGCAUUUAAUGGAGUGCAGCAGCUGUUGCUUUUGCUGGGGAUAGUCGGGGUGGGAUUCGCGGUUCUUGUUGCUUUGGCUUUGAGAUUAGUUGGCUUUGUAUAA